UUGUUUAUUAAAAUAACCCUAAAAAUAUGUACCGAAAACAAAAGAAACGACCCCAGAAGGCUCUCAACCCCAUUGAUGAAAACACCACUAUUAAAAUACCUCGUAGGGGAGACAAUACCACAAAUGUAUCUCUGGAAUCCAAUUCUGGCGAAAGCGAGGAGAAUAUUCCUCAAUCCCAAGAGCACACCCAGCGCUUUCUUUCGCAGCAUAGCGUCAUUUUAGCCGCAACUUUGGGCAGAACUCAAUCCUCCGGCAAGCAUCCUUUAUCCCUUUCUCGGCAGCCCAACAACUUCUUUGAGCUUGUUCUUACCCGAGCGGGCGUCCAGCUGGACCAUGGUGAAAGUCUGAUCCUGGCCUGUGACCAUGUCACAAUUGUGGCUAAGCUGCGGGAGAUAUUCUUGACUGCCACCUCCUAUACCGACAAAUUGGAAACUUUUAAAACAGGACUGAAAGCAGCCUUGGCGCCAAGGUCGAAACUGGUGCAGAAACUCCUUUCUGGAUGCACUGUGGAUGCUGCAGGGGAGGAGCAGAUCUACCAGUCACAGAACAGCAUGUUCAUGAACUUCCUAAUGAUAGACUUUCUACGGGAGCCUUGUCUGGAAGUGCUUCUGAACCAAAUCGAGGAGGUGGCAACAGCGGAUAAAGUUGUCACCGGGAAAGCUGCCAUUUCGAUGCCUCUUUUGCCGCUAAUGCUGUCCCAGCUGCGGUACCUUACUGCCUCACACAAGGUAAAGAUCUAUCCGCGCAUCGAGGGCAUCUUCAACCGGGCCACGGCUACGGCUAAGCUAGACAUUAUUGCCAAUGCUGAACUGGUGCUGGAUGCCAGUAUGCACGAUGAUUUUGUCAAUCUUCUCAUAAUUACCUAUUCGAAUACAGUGGAACUUUUUCACAUGACCACAGUGUACACUCUUGGUAACCUGUCGCUUUCAGAAAGUCUACAGACUAAGUUGCGCAGGCGUAUUUUUGAAUAUGCCACAAGCGGGGACUGUUCCGAUAUGACCUUGUCGCACCUGGUGAAACUUUUGUUGAAUAGUCUAAAGUUAGACACAGAUGAAAGUGUUAAAGAGUUGGUCAUCACGCUUCGGGAUAUAUUUAAUUGGAGACACAUGAAUAAUAAGGAAGAUAGCUCUCCAUUGGUCAAUGACAAAAAGUCUCAGCUAGAACUUUUCGGUUUUCUCGAACUUGGUUUGAUUCGAUCUAAGAAGUUUUACCAAAUGUGGCAGAAAACUAUUGCUGGCUUGCCGGCUCAACACUUUAGCUCUUUGGAUCUGAUCGUGCUGUUAUUGUUGAUACAUGUUAAUGAAGACCAUUCAUUGUAUAUAGAAAAUAUUAUUCGCCGGCGAGUUAAGCUCGAGCACAUCACAGUAAACAUUUUGGAAGAGGUGAAACUACACUAUUCCCAUGUUUUGGAGCUGCAUAUAAGCACUCUAAUGAAUAUCCUUCAUGACUUUAUGCGAGAAAAGAACAAAAUUGUGUCUGACUUUGCCAAGUCCUCUUACAGUAUAUUGUUUAAGAUCUUUAGCUCGAUUCAAAAGAAUAUUUUGAAGAAGCUACUAGAGCUCACAUGUGACAAAUCAUCGCAGCACCUCACGACUAUGGCUCUGGAACUGCUUCGGGAGUUGCAGCGGAAGAGCACUAAAGAUGUUCAAAAUUGUGCUCCUCUCUUGCUUCCGAUGCUAGACAGGCUCAGUGAUUUUACUUUAACUCAGACCCGGUUGGCCAUGGACCUGCUAUGCCAUGUAGCCUUUCCGGAUCCUAAGCAAUCGGGUUGCCUGCAGCUUCAGGAGCAAAUCGAUAUGAUAGUAAAAAAGCAACUGAUCAACUCAACCGAUCGUGUGAAAAAACAGGGAAUCAUUGGAUGUGUGCAGCUUAUCGAUGCCAUGGCCAGAAUCGAGGAGGAGACAAUGAAUGAUAACGAUUCCCUUGCGAGUGUGGAUAAUGUGGAUGCCUUGCCUCCUGGACGCGUCAAAGUGGCAGCAAACUUUAUAACUAGAACAGAGGCUUCAAUUGGAAACUGUCCCGAGUCCUUAGCGCUUUUCUAUGAAGAGCUGGCAACUGUCUUUAGUUUGCGAUUCGAUGGAAGCUUCGUUUGUGAUCUGGACAAACAAUUCAUUGCUUGGGCCUGUGAUGUGAUGACCUUUCGUUUUCAGGCCAGCUUUGUCACAGGAGACCACGCACAGACGAUUAAGGGCAUUCAACUGGAAUACCAGCUCAACAUCAACGAACUGGAUGAUAGGAAUGCUGAAUCGGAAUCCGAAGUUCUCAGUAUUGGCGUAAACAUAUCCAAACUGGUUUUGUCUCCCAACUCCAAAGCCUACGACUCCGUAUAUGUCUUGGCCCCUUUAUUUAAUUUUGUAAAAGUACUGACAAAUCGACGUCAUCAUUACAGUUUGGAGCAUAUCAAUGCUCUGCUUGGCUGUGCUAUUGUGCUGCCCUCUUUCUUCAAGGACGAAAACUAUCUGGCCAUUUUUGACAACUUUGACGGGGACCAGCAGAAAGAUAUAUUAAACAUUUACUUCCACACGGUGAACUGGAUGCGAGUGACAAUCAGUGCAUUUUCAUCGCAACGCGAAGAAGCCACUCGACGCCGCGUUCUUCUGCGGCUAUUCGAAUUGAUCCAAAUCGAGCAGAGGAUCAAGCCACUUCUGGCACGAGCGCCAUUCGACUACCAGGCUCCAUCUUACCAGUUUUUAACCAACGCAAAGCACCCUGUUUCUCACCAGAAACGCCAAGUGGGAAAAUCUGGAGCCAAGGCUAACUCAACUGCAAUCGAUCCAGACGCUACAGUAAACCAAACUACCAUCGCGGACUAUACAAUCAAAGUGGGGCCUUGCAAGACCGUCAAAACCAAGAUAGACUUUGAACAAAUGUAUGGACCGAAAGAAAGGUUUAGACCCAUGGAAGUGGGUAUCAUUAUGUUGUUGGUGGAGCAAAAGUUCCUUCUCAAUUACCCGCUUGAGGAUGAGCAAGUGGGAGAAUUUUUGGGGCUUUCAGAACUACGCUUCCUUCUCGAAGACAUUGUUCAGAAAUUGGAAGCUGCAGUCAAGGGUCAGCAGGACCCUAGGGACACUGACAGUCUUAGACCUCAUCUGGCUAAACCAGAGGAUUUCCUUUAUGACUUACUUCCUUGCCUGAUAGAGGUCAACAAUCACCUCAAAACACUGGCCGAAGCAAUUGAUGAGGAGCUCACAAAAGUGGGCCACGUGUACAGCAACCUGGAUUUGUUUAAGGAACGGUUCAACUAUAUAAAAAGUUGCUUUGGCUUGUGCAUCCGCCUGUUUGCUCUGUACUUUUCUUGGAACGAAUGGACCGAUAAGUCACAAGCCAAGCGGCUUCACAAAUUAUUGAUAAAGCUACAACCCCAGGAUCAACAAAAAAGAUGCGAAAAAAAAACUAUUGCUCAGUUAACUACCAUGACUUUCGAAUACUUUUUAAAGUAUGAAAAGUCGGUAUUGAAUCUUAGUACGGCAGUGCAACUUCAUCGACUGCUGUGCCGUUUGCUGAAGGUGCAAAGUAUGCAGGACCAGGCCAGACAGCCUCUACUUGAGCAGGCCGAAGAGACGAGAUUACUGUGUGACAAGUUCUUGAGACGUAAAUGGUUCCAUUUUUCUGGUACUUUGGAUAAGGGAGCACAAUGUAACAUAUAUUUGGAUGAAAUAAUUAAGGGCUUCUUUAAAAACUCCACCUUCAAACGGCAGAACGAGCUCCUCGGUGAGCUGAUCAAAGAAUGCAGCAUUCUCAACACAAAGGACAAAGCUUUGAAUUCUUUUCCUAACUUUAAAAAGGCCAACUUUCCAUUGCUGUUUCGAGGCCUCUGCGAAGUGUUGAUCCACUCGUUAAGUGCUCAGGUCAGCGUUAGAAGUGAAGGGGAUCGCCUUAAGUUGUGGGAGUCCACAGUGAAUUUACUUAAUGGGCUGCUGCGGAUUAUACAGCUUGUAGAGCAGCCCCGAAACUUUGGACUAUUUAUUAAACAUUCACAACUAUUCCUCAAGCUAUUACUCCAGCAUGGUAUGACUGUGCUGGAAUCUAUCGUGCGGGAAGAUCCCGAAAGACUUACCAAGUUCCUACAUGAGCUGCAAAAAAUCACAAGGUUCCUGCAUCAACUGUGCUGUCAUUCCAAGUUUAUAAAAAACACAGCCAUUAUCAGUUAUAUUCCUUCCCUCCGAGAGACCAUAGAAACCCUAGUCUUUCGUGUGAAGGCACUACUGGCUGCCAACAACUGCCACUCUGCCUUCCAUAUGGGGAAUAUGGUUAAUAAGGACCUGCACGGGGACUCUAUCAUAACACCAGUUGGCUCUUUCGUUGACGAACAGAACAGCGACGAGGAAAUACCUGAGGAUGAUGCCAGUGUGGAUGAGACUGUCUUGGGCGAGGAAAUGACAGCGGUUAGCGUCAGCACAAGACCCAGUGAUGACAGGCGAAGCAAAUCAUCUUCACGCAGCAAAUGUUUUUAAAUAUUCUGAUAAUUGUCCAUAAAAUAUAUCCUAACCGACACAAAAACCAAACUGUUUUAUUAAAU